AAUAAUAUAUAUUUUGUUAACUUGAUCCAGCAACAGGCAUCAUCGGAAGGUCAUAGGUCAGUUGUGUGAGAUGAGGAGGGAGACUCGGCUGUGCCUCUGUGCUGAGAGGUUGGGGGUCUGAGAGUUGUUCCUCCAGCUUAACACGCUGUGACCUGUAGGUCUAGGAGUCAGUGAUCCACCGACAUGAAAUCUGGUGUGUUUAUCACCGUGGGUUUUGUUAAGGCAUGUCUGGAAUGGUUGAAGGCAGAGCUGAAGUCAAAGCAAUUAAUGUUUUUACAAAAAAGAUAGAGAAAUACCUUAACGAUUGCUGGUUGCAAGGUGGAAAAAGAUCUGAAAUCAUAUAUCUGGACGUCAGUCUUUAAAUAAACAAAUGCUUCAUUUUCAAUAAGGGUGUUUAGUAGACGACUUCUCUGGUUUCAUGCAGCAUUUACUUUAAAAGGGUUUCUGCUUCACCAGUGACAUUCACGCCUACUACAACCAUCCUGUGUCUCAGAUAAACCAGAUGUGCCUAUUGAGAGAUUUUCUUUGGAAGACAAAAUUCUGAAUACAAGGACAGUUUGAGUUCUACAGAAACUGAGGGAGUGUUUCUGAUGUGUUGUGACAUCUGUCUGCAUUCUUGUGAUUAUGUAUGUUUGAGACGGAAUGCAUGUUUUUAUCUCAGUAUAUCAGUACCAGAGUACCUAUUCUCUUGUGUAUGCUAUUAAAAAGAGAUCGUCUUCAGUCAGGUAAAUAAAAAGAUGUGCAGAAGGUAGAAAAUUAUACACACCCACAGGCCUGCAUAUUACACCAUUUUAACCCUGCCAUCCCCAGGCAGUCAGGUGAGUUUCUGUGAGUUACACAGAACAGUUACAUGCUGUAGCAACAUAUUCUGACCAGUCCUACUAAUGCUACUCAGCAUUCAGGAUGUGAAGAACCAGUUUUAUUUAUAUGUGUGUAGGUUUGGUGGUGGGCUGCUCCAUUAAACCAGUGAAUUAGUCCCCCCCCCCACCAAAAGGGUGGGUUGCAUUCCAGUCAGGAAUCAGAAUGUGCCUUUUUAGUCGUCUCAGUUUGUCAUGCCUAGAGUUGGGCCGAGCGCAUGCCUAGAGUUGGGCCGAGCGCAUGCCUAGAGUUGGGCCGAGCGCAUGCCUAGAGUUGGGCCGAGCGCAUGCCUAGAGUUGGGCCGAGCGCAUGCCUAGAGUUGGGCCGAGCGCAUGCCUAGAGUUGAGCCGAGCGCAUGCCUAGAGUUGGGCCGAGCGCAUGCCUAGAGUUGGGCCGAGCGCAUGCCUAGAGUUGAGCCGAGCGCAUGCCUAGAGUUGAGCCGAGCGCAUGCCUAGAGUUGAGCCGAGCGCAUGCCUAGAGUUGAGCCGAGCGCAUGCCUAGAGUUGGGCCGAGCGCAUGCCUAGAGUUGGGCCGAGCGCAUGCCUAGAGUUGGGCCGAGCGCAUGCCUAGAGUUGGGCCGAGCGCAUGCCUAGAGUUGGGCCGAGCGCAUGCCUAGAGUUGAGCCGAGCGCAUGCCUAGAGUUGGGCCGAGCGCAUGCCUAGAGUUGGGCCGAGCGCAUGCCUAGAGUUGGGCCGAGCGCAUGCCUAGAGUUGAGCCGAGCGCAUGCCUAGAGUUGAGCCGAGCGCAUGCCUAGAGUUGAGCCGAGCGCAUGCCUAGAGUUGAGCCGAGCGCAUGCCUAGAGUUGAGCCGAGCGCAUGCCUAGAGUUGAGCCGAGCGCAUGCCUAGAGUUGAGCCGAGCGCAUGCCUAGAGUUGGGCCGAGCGCAUGCCUAGAGUUGGGCCGAGCGCAUGCCUAGAGUUGGGCCGAGCGCAUGCCUAGAGUUGGGCCGAGCGCAUGCCUAGAGUUAACCCAUGCAAUGCUUCCUUGAUCCAGCCCCUUGGUCUCCUCCAUGCCUUGUGCUGACAUGUAUACAAAACACUCUCAGCUAACCCAUUAGGCUUUUAAGUUACUUCCUCCUGUUCAGAUCUUCCCAUAAAUACCUCUCCUAUCCGUAAGAGCAGCUUGUGUUUAAUUUCACUCCAUCUCAGAACUUCCUCCUUGUCCUAAAAGUGCUAUAUGUAAACCUGGUGUGAUAUUUCACUCCAUUUCAAGCACAUUGAUAGUUCAUAGAACUAAAAUGCUACUUACUGCAUGGUCGAGUAGGGUCAAGCUAAUUUCACAAUCUUUGUUUGUGUUUACUGCUGCCGAAGGUGUUCAAAUGGCAGUUUGGUUGCUAACCCAGUCGUCUACUUUAACAUUGCUUCAGACAGUGAAUACAUAGGAAGAGUCAUCUUUGAGGUGAGUUAAUGUUUUUUACCGGUAAUUGGUACAUUACAUCUUAAAUUCCAUAUCAAAUGGGUGUUGUGUGUUCUCUGAAUCUGACAAUUAGCCUUAUCACGGGUCGGUGUGAGUACGCGAUCCGGGUCGGUGUGAGUACGCGAUCCGGGUCUGUGUGAGUACGCGAUCCGGGUCUGUGUGAGUACGCGAUCUGUGUGUGUACAUGUGGACCAGAUGUCCCAAUAAAGAUAAUAAAACUUGACAAAUGAGUCCCCUCUAAGUUUACUGGAGGACCCCCACUAUGAAAUGUCAGGCUCCGGGUUGGUUUAGGCUACAAACACAAUUUGGUUAUUAAAGUUAUGGUUAAGUUAAGGGUCAUGGCUAGAUUAAGUUUUGUCAUAAAGUUUAGGUUAUUGAGGUUAGGGGAUAGGUAAAAUGGAUUUCUGUGUUUUCAAUCUCCAUAAGGAUAGAAAAUGCUUUUCAUGGUCCAAACUGGGCAGUGCUGGUUAAAUUACAACACAGAUCCUGUUAGACCAACUAAACAAGUAGUGACCAAAAUCUGACUCAAACCGGUUGGCAGUAACAGGAUGCGAAGAUUCUAACAUGACUGGUUCAAACUGGUCCCCAGUUUAAUUGGUUUAACCAGUCUAGGUUGUUUUUUCAGCACUCUCACUAACCAGUGCUAUUUUUACAUUUCAGCUGAAUGCUGACGUGGUGCCGAAAACAGCAGAGCACUGUGUACAGGAGAGCGUGGCUUUGGCUACAAGGGAUCCAUUUUCCACAGAAUCCUCCCUGGAUUUAUGUGCCAGGGGGAGACCUGACAAAUCAUAAUGGAAUUGGGGGGAUGUCAAUCUAUGGACCCAAAUUCCAAGACGAGAACUUCCAGCUGAAGCACACUGGACCUGGCGUGAUCUCGAUGGCCAAUGCUGGGCCCAACACAAAUGGAUCUCAGUUCUAUAUCUGCACAGAGAAGACCGAGUGGUUGGAUGGCAAACAUGUUGUGUUUGGCAGGGUAAAGGCUGGCCUGGAGGUGGUCAGGAAAAUAGAGUCAUUUGGAUCACGCACUGGGCAUCCUUAUAAGAAGAUCAUCAUCACAGAGUGUGGAGAAAUUGAGUAGCCUUAAUGGAUAAACUGUAUGUCCCAAACGGCAUCCUACUGCCUUUAUAGUGCACCACUUUGGACUGUGAUGUGAUAAACAUGGAUACAGGCGGGAUGUCCUGGAAUCCUCUACUGUGACUUCAAUAUGAAAUGGUCAGUGGUCUGCUGUGAUCCACAGUGGACCUGUUUUAUAGAGAGUUGUACAUAGGUUGUGUGUCUUUUCAUUACAAAAGUUUCAUUAUUAUUGACAAGUGAUCCGGAUUGGACUGUUCUGACAGUGGUGUGUUUCACUUUGAUAUUAAACUUUUCAAUUAAUAAUUUAUAACAUGCCUUGAUCUUAACUCUGCUAACAUGAUUGGUAUCCAAU